AUGGGGAACAUAUCACCCACUCCACAUCAGCUUUAUGUUGAGGCUGUCGUAUUCUGGAGUAUAGGCAUUGUCAUAUAUGGGGGGAGAAUGAUUUCGCGGACCAUUGCAAAUGGAUCAAUCAAGCGAUUAUUCUGGGAUGAUUAUGUCAUGACAGCAACAUUUAUGAUAUACACCACUCUGCUGGUCUUGAUUCAAAUAUCUUCGCGCUAUGCAACCAACCUAAUGGACCCGAAAGAUUAUGAUAAAGUAUUGUCAGACCCACAGGAAGUCCGUGAUCGAAUCUACGGGAGCAAGAUUGUCAUCGGGGUGGAGCAGUGCAUGCUUUUCUCAACAUGGGGAGUCAAGACAUGCAUGUUGAUCUUCUACUGGCGGCUUACUCAAAGUCUGCGUUCUAAUCUUUACAUCAAGAUCCUGUCAAUCUAUGUAGCUCUGGGCUUCGUGGUUAUCAUGGUCUGCUACUAUGCUGUCUACUGUCGGCCUUUCUCCCAGUAUUGGGCCAUGCCAGUACAGAACAUGCAAUGCGCCACUUAUCAACAUUACUCGAUUACUCAGGCUGUAUUCAACAUUUCCUCGGAUGCAGUGAUGCUCGUCAUCCCGAUUCCCCUUCUUAUCCGAGCCCAACUCAAGAAACACCGCAAAGUUCUCCUCCUCGGCGUGAUGAGCCUAGGCCUGUUUACUAUCAUUGCCGCCAUUCUCAACAAAUACUUCAACUUCGCAUCCCCUCUUACCACGACCUAUCAAAUCUGGUAUAUUCGUGAAGCUAGCACCGCUAUCUACGUCGCAAACCUCAUGUGCUGGUGGCCGUUACUGAGAAAGCUCUUCGGUCUGACGGCAUUCUCCUACAACAGCAACCGAGGCCAGAGAGGACAAGCCCCCAUAAACCAGAGCAAGAAUAGUAGCGACUACUCGCAGUCUGCCUGCCGUUCUUCUUUCACCCUUCCCCGAGCCCUGAACUUCAUUCGUCCAGCUUUCAAGAAACCAGACAUGAGCGAUCAAACUCCACGACAGGUUGACACGCAUCGAUCCAGCCAGGAGGCCAUUGCCCACACAUCUGACGAUUUCAUGGAAGGUUUGCAUCGAGUGGAAGCCCACCCACUGGAACAGUGGAAUAAUAAUGAUAAUUAUUUUGAGGAUCUGGAGGACCCGAGUCCGACAAGCCCCGAGUCAAUGACCAUAUAUGAAAGCGCGUGGUCCAAGCUGUCAAAGAAAAGCAAAAGGACCAGAGCCAAUUGA